AGAGCGGGGCUGACCUAAUCCUACAUUGGAGUGAUUCGUGUUUACGCAGAAAUGAAACUGAAACAGAGAAAGAAGAGGAAAAAAAACAGGGCAUGUCCCUAUAUGACUUACCAUUUUUAAAAUAAGAAACAUUUAGUGAAACUGCGGAGUGAAGUUUUCUAUAGUUUCUGGCGGAUAACACCAAUGCUUCAUUUGUAAUGUUAAAUUUACAUCUAACAAUCACAAAUAUAGUCCUGAAAUUAAUAAAAGUCGACGCAAUGUGAUACUUUGAAUUACGCUGUGGUUUUCUGUCGUCAUUCGUGGCAAAGUUGACAGAUUAAAGAUGUUAAAACAUAGACUGUAGGGGUUCAAGCCUGUUUAUAUACAGUCUAUGGUUUAAGCCUGGUACUUGAAGGCAACACUUGCCCUUAGCAACCAAUGCAGGCGCUCAGUGUACCAUAGCAACCAUGGAGGGCGAGCUUUCGGUGAUGGAGGAAAAAGGCAAAGAGGUCACACAAAAAGAAGAAAAAGAACUCCUUUACAGCCGAGUCGAAGAACUAAAGUGUUCCAUUGCAGCUCUCCUGGCAGAGAAUAACAUGUUUGAACGGUUCAUCAGUCGCCUGGAUCCACAGGACCUGGUUUCCCAGGCUGGGGGAGAAGGUGCAGGGGCAGCAGGGGCCUCCCAUCUGGAGGGUGGGAGCCGUGGGCGGAGGCGGAAGUCACGUUCCUACAUAUCAGAUCGACUCCAGCAGCUGACCUUAGAACAGAAACUUUAUGUGGCACAGAGGGAAGUAACAGAGACACAACAAGACCAGGAAAAGCUCAAACAGAGAUAUGAGAGAAUCCAGGACAACUACAAGGCCUCUCUGGAAGAGGCAGAAUUACGUCUUGCAGAGAUCAGGAAGGCCAAGAAAGAGUUUGAACGCAGACUGCUCAAACCUAUGAAGGAAAACAGAUUGGAAAUUAAAGCUGCGAGCAGCGUUGAACGGGCCCUCGCACCCGGCGCCCGUCGGGGGAGCGGCGACCGCGGGACCCCGGCAACCGCGGGGUCAACGCAGGUCGCAGGGCACACGCUGGCGUAACAGUUCACACUUCCCAGAUGUUAAAAUUUUAAAUAAAAGCUUUUACGCUAAUUAUUUUCUGUGAUAAUAUUUUUCAGAGCUCAUCAUCUGUGACAGCUCUUGGCUCUCCUGACUGUAACCUCCCUGUGGCAGCUUCUCACAGACUCAAUCAACUCCUCUUCCCCUCCCCCUCAAACACAAACACAAACACACCCACACACACACACACAAACACACAGAGAAAUACCCCCUCCCAAAAGGAGAUAAAACUCAGUUUUAACUUGAGUUUACAAGCUUUGAGCUUUGAGCAAAAGCAUUUUUUUAAGUUCUGUUAUUGGGUGCAUAUAUAAAUCAUUUAUGCUUAAACAAGGCUUAUAAUGAAGUUAUUUGAACAGUGAAUAUCUCAUCUGCCUAAAGUCAGGGCGAAGCCACUAACCAGCUGUAGGGAUGGGUAUCAUUAGGAUUUUAUCUUUAUCCAUACAGACCCCUAUCAGUCCAGCUCAGACUGUUACUGGUUUAAGAGAGUGAAGUUUAUAGCAAUUUGCAAAAUUUGGAGAUGAGUGACAAACUAACCAGUUAGACUACAUACAGACAAGCUUUCAUUUUAGCUGUUAGUAACAGUUUGCCAUGAGCUUA